AAUCGAAAAGGAAUUACUGGGUAUUGAAAUCGUCUUGAAGUAGUGUGUACCAAGUAUUGGGUACCAACAAUUCAGCACAUCACAAUUGUUUUGUGCUUCCCUCAAUUAACCAAUAACACUAGCUGGCAGUACUAAAAUUAAAAUUAAUCAGUGCAGCAUUAUACAUAAAUAUAUCCAAAAGCCAUAUUGGAGUCGAUUUAAAGAUAGCAUAGAAACGAUACACAAAUGGAUUUCACAACAUUUGCCAAGCCAAGCACUGUGGACUCAAAUAAUGAUAGGAGUAUUUCGGACUUGCACUUUUGGAAGCAUGUGGAAUAUAUUGAAAAUCAUGGAAAAGAUCAGGACGAUUAUGAAUACUGCAUGACCGAAUUUCUGCGAAUGUCAGGCAUCUAUUGGGGUGUCACAGCAUUGGACAUUAUGAACCAGUUGGAUCGUCUGGAUCGUGCUUUUAUUAUAGAUUUUGUACGCCGUUGUCAAUGCCCAAUAACAGGAGGCUUUUCGCCUUGUGAAGGUCACGACCCUCACAUAUUGUACACACUGUCGGCCAUACAAAUUCUCUGCAUUUAUGACGCAUUGAAUGAAAUCGACUGUGAAGCUGUUGUACGCUAUGUAAUCGGUUUACAACAAUUUGAUGGCAGCUUUUUUGGAGACAAAUGGGGUGAGGUUGAUACACGUUUUAGCUUUUGCGCUGUCGCUAUACUUUCGCUAUUGGGACGUAUGGAAGGCACUAUUAACGUUGAUCGUGCAGUCAAAUUCGUCAUGUCGUGUUGUAAUCAAACAGAUGGCGGUUUCGGUUCAAAGCCAGGAGCUGAAUCCCAUGCCGGACUCAUAUACUGUUGUGUGGGCUUUUUAUCGUUGACGCAAAGACUGCAUUUAAUUGACAUCGAUAAGUUAGGAUGGUGGUUGUGCGAACGCCAAUUGCCAUCUGGCGGUCUAAACGGACGCCCUGAAAAACUACCGGACGUCUGCUAUUCGUGGUGGGUGCUCUCAUCCUUAACUAUAUUGGGGCGUUUGCAUUGGAUCAGCGCUGAAAAGCUGAAGGAAUUCAUUCUAUCUUGUCAAGACACCGAAACGGGAGGUUUUGCCGAUCGUACUGGCAAUCUGCCUGACAUAUUUCACACGCUCUUCGGAAUUGGCGCGCUUUCGCUGCUGGGCUUCGAGGGACUCAAGCCGAUCAAUCCAACGCUAUGUAUGCCACAAUAUGUAAUCGACCGCUUGAAUGUUAAACCGCAAAUACUGCCAAGACCAUAGGAAGAGGUAUGUGAAAGUGCGGAUUUUAAUUGAAUUACAAGAUAGAGCUCUGCGGAAAGAUGUAGAAGCAAUUUUUUUUACCAAAAGUGCUAUUUAAAUGGAACGCAUGUUUGUUUACGUUUUAAUACCAACUAAUUAAAUAUAUCACAACAGCGAAGAUUUAAACAAUACACUUAACAUAACAAAAAUGUAAAACCAUGUAACAUGAUUUUUAUUGUAUUGACCGUAUCAAAGAUAUAUGUAGCUUUAUUUUUUCAUUAAACAAUUCAAUUAUGUACCUAUAUUUAAGCUUAGUUUAUAAAGUUAAAUAGACAAUGAAAGUAAAAGGACCAUUGUAAAAGACCUACAGAAAGUAAAACGUAGAAUAAUAAUGCGAUGGAAAUUUUUAACGAUAAUAAAUACACAUACAAACAUACAAUUUAAAAUACA